UUCUCAUUGAGUUCUUACUUUUUACUUAGUUCCUCCACUGACCAACUUCUUCUCUCUUCUUCCUUGUUCCUCUUACAAUACAAACAAUGUCAAAAAUAAUGUCCACAGAUCCUCUAGUUGUUGGAAGAGUGGUAGGAGAUGUACUUGAUAGUUUCACCACUAGCAUGAAAUUGACUGUGAGUUUCAAUAACAAGCAAGUGUUCAAUGGCCAUGAGUUCUUCCCUUCCACUAUUAACACCAAGCCCAAGGUUGAUAUUGGUGGUGGUGACAUGAGGUCCUUCUUUACACUGAUCAUGACAGACCCAGAUGUUCCUGGACCUAGUGAUCCUUAUCUCAAAGAGCACCUGCACUGGAUGGUGACUGAUAUUCCCGGAACAACAGAUGCCACAUUUGGAAAAGAGUUGGUGAGCUAUGAGAUUCCAAAGCCUAACAUUGGGAUCCAUAGGUUUGUGUUUGUCCUGUUCAAGCAAAAACGUAGGCAAUGUGUGAGUCCACCAUCUUCAAGGGAUCACUUCAACACUCGCAGUUUUGCAGCACAGAAUGACCUUGCUCUCCCUGUUGCUGCUGUCUACUUCAAUGCUCAGAGGGAAACUGCUGCAAGAAGACGCUAGUUUCUAUAGCUAGCUAUAGCUGGAGCUACUACCUAGUGCAAGCUAAAGCAUUGAAUAAAGUGAUAUCAAGUAUAAUUAGUUUUGCUUUGAUGAUGUGAAUUGAGUACAAAGGGCUUCAGAAAUAACUUGCAGAAGGGGAAUCAGUCUAGCUCUUCUUUGACUAGUAAUUUAUGCUGUAAUGUUUAGCUUUCCCUGCUCAGAUAUGUGUUGUACUGUGUUAUUGUGUAUCAUGUAUAAUAUAAUUAGCAUUGCCUUAUGGGUAUUAUCAUUAUAUAUGAGGUUAUCUUGAUUAUAUGGAGAAAUAAGAUCAGGCAUGGAGCCACACCAUGUCUUUUCCUUACCUUUAA